CACCCCCAAGCUCCCAGGCAGGAGGUGCAGGGCCACUGUGGCACCCAUGAGCUCAAGCCCACCCCUGGGUGCCCAUGCCGGGGGCUCUGGGGGCUGACGGGGCUGUCCCCUCUGGCUCCCCAGUUCUGCAGCAGCCAUGGCAUGGAGUACAUCGUGGGCCGGGUCUGGAUCGGCUUCUGGCUGAUCCUGCUGGUGCUGGUGGUGGUGGCCUGCGAGGCCAGCUUCCUGGUGCGCUACCUGUCCCGCUACACCCAGGAGAUCUUCUCCUUCCUCAUCUCCCUCAUCUUCAUCUACGAGACCUUCUCCAAGCUCGUCACGAUCUUCAAAAACCACCCGCUAAAACAAAUUUAUGACAACGUGGAGCCCACGGUCCAGCCCAAGGUGCCGCAGCCCAACACGGCGCUGCUGUCCCUCGUCCUCAUGGCUGGCACCUUCUUCCUGGCCAUCUUCCUCCGCAAGUUCAAGAACAGCGCCUUCCUGCCUGGCAAGGCCCGGCGCUUGAUCGGGGAUUUCGGGGUGCCCAUCUCCAUCUUCAUCAUGACGUUGGCCGACUUCUUCAUCAAGGACACGUACACACAGAAACUGAACGUCCCCAAAGGGCUGGAGGUCACCAACUCGUCUGCCCGGGACUGGUUUAUCAACCCCAUGGGGAGCAACAAUGACUUCCCCAUCUGGAUGAUGUUCGCCUCCGUGCUACCCGCUAUCCUGGUCUUCAUCCUCAUCUUCCUCGAGACACAGAUCACCACCCUCAUCGUCAGCAAACCUGAGAGGAAACUGGUGAAGGGCUCUGGCUUCCACCUGGACCUGCUGCUGAUCGUGGCCAUGGGGGGCCUGGCGGCCCUUUUCGGCAUGCCCUGGCUCAGCGCCACCACCGUCCGCACCAUCACCCACGCCAACGCCCUCACUGUCAUGAGCAAGGCCACCGCUCCCGGAGACAAGUCCCAGAUCGUGGAGGUCAAGGAACAACGCAUCAGCGGCUUGUUGGUGGCCGUGCUCAUCGGCGUCUCCAUCCUCAUGGAGCCCAUCCUGAAGCAUAUCCCGCUGGCCGUGCUCUUCGGCAUCUUCCUCUACAUGGGCGUCACCUCCCUUUUUGGCAUCCAGCUCUUCGACCGCAUCCUGCUCUUGCUGAUGCCACCCAAGUACCACCCCAAAGAGCCCUACGUCACCCGGGUGAAGACUUGGCGGAUGCACCUCUUCACCUUCACCCAGAUUGUCGUCCUCGUCCUGCUGUGGGUGGUGAAGUCCACCCCAGCCUCGUUGGCGCUACCCUUCGUCCUCAUCCUCACCGUGCCCCUGCGGCGCUUCCUGCUGCCCAGGAUCUUCCGGGACAUGGAGCUCAAAUGUCUGGACGCAGACGACGCCGUGGUGACCUUCGACGAGACGGAGGGCACGGACAGACGGAGGGACAUGGCUGGUGUUUUUCAGCCCAAGGCCUGCAGAUCCGGCAGCUGCCCGUCCGUCUGCCAGCCUCACGUGGUUGAGCCACGCCGGGUGCCAUCAGGAGGGCUCUGCGUGCCACCGGCGCUGGCCGGACCCGCUGCUGCCAUCCCCGCCUCCGAAACCCGCCGGUGA